ACAGGAACUGGAAUCAGCGGAGGAUUGUGGGAAAUAGCAGCACCAUCAUCUGGAAUACAUUUUCUUCCUCUGGCGUAAAAAAAUAUAGCUGACAAAAACACAAAGAAACCUCGACUUUCAUACCUCUCAAAAUGUCAAAACUGGCGUUGUUCAAUGUGUAUAUUACUGAACGGCUAACAGCGGCGGCUGUAGAGAUAGCUGGAGUAGUAGAGAGAACAGUAACUGAAUACCAGGAGGAAAUCUCUCGUUCAAAGGAGGAGAACGAACGUCUUCGACGUCUGCUGGAUUUCAAACCGCACAGAACAGACCCCCAGCAGCUUCCUCUCCCAGUCUCUGAAGAAGAGGUUCCCCCUGAGCGGCAGAACUGUGAGCAUAAGUGGAGCCCCAGUCUGGAGAAGGACCCAGAGCCCACACAGAUUAAAGAUGAACAAGAGGAAAUCAGGACCAAUCAGGAGGAAGAGCAGCUUGAAGGGCUGGAGUCUGAUACCAAAGACUCCAUAUUCACCGUCUGUGAGGAAAGUGACUGUGAUCCUAUGGAUUUCUCAAGCCAAAUUUCCGAGAGCAGAGAGGGGGAUGUGUUAUGCGUCCGCAUUCCUCAAGAGAUCAAAACCGAGCCUGAUGGAGAGCUCUACACGGUAUCAGAAGCAACCAGUGCCUCACACUCCCUCUCAGAAGGAUAUCCAGGCUGUUCGGCAGCUCACAGUGAAAACAGUGGAAGUGGCAAUGAGGUGGAGAGUGAGGGACUAAAGAAAAGACUAAGCUCCCAUACCUCUGCUGGAAGCGGGGUGACCACAAAUGCUGCUCCUCCUUAUUGUUGCAAGUUGUGUGGAAGUACAUUUGUGUACAUUGGUCCUUUAGUUAACCAUGUGAAAAAUGUGCACACAAAGCUUACUGCAGAAUACCGUUGUGGUGUGUGUGAAGAAGUCUUUGAGUCCAUAGCAAGUCUGACGGAGCACCUGCAAACCCACAUUAAAGCAACACGCACUUGUAAUGUUUGUGGCAAAUGCUUCCCUAGUGAUUCUAGUAUGAGAACACACAUGGUAACGCACACAGGAGAGAAACAGUAUCAAUGCAAAGAAUGUGGAAAAUGUUUCAAAAAUAAGGGCUAUAUGCACUUGCAUAUGAGGCGUCACACAGGGGAGACACCAUUUUGGUGCAAAGAUUGUGGCGAAAGUUUCACUUGUAAGGGAUACUUGAAAACGCAUAUGAAGUUCCACACAAGUGAGGAACCACAGCCCACACUGAUUGAAGAUAAACAACAGGAACUUGGGACCAGACAGGAGGAUGAGCAGCUUGAAGGGCUGGAGUCUGAUACCAAAGACUCCAUAUUCACCGUCUGUGAGGAAAGUGACUGUGAUCCGAUGGAUUUCUCGAGCCAAAUUUCCGAGAGCAGAGAGGGGGAUGUGUUAUGUGUCCGCAUUCCUCAAGAGAUCAAAACCGAGCCUGAUGGAGAGCUCUACACGGUAUCAGAAGCAACCAGUGCCUCACAUGCCUUCUCAGAAGGAUAUCCAGGCUGUUCGGCAGUUCACAGUGGAAGUGGCAAUGAGGUGGAGAGCGAGGGACUACCGUCAGGAUCAAAGGCACUGAGAUCACCCAGAAAAUGGGCAAGCACCCAUAACCGUGCUAGAGGCAAGGUGACCACAAAUGCUUCUCCUUAUUGUUGCAAGCUGUGCGGAAGUACAUUUGUGUACAUUGGUCCUUUAGUUAACCAUGUGAAAAAUGUGCACACAAAGCAUACGAAAAUGUGUGGUGUGUGUGAGGAGGUAUUCGAGUCCAUAGCAAGUCUGACAGAGCACCUCCAAUCCCACAUUAAAGCAACACGCACUUGUAAUGUUUGUGGCAAAUGCUUCCCUAGUGAUGCUAAUCUGAGAACACAUAUGGUGUCUCACACAGGAGAGAAACACUAUCAAUGUAAGGAAUGUGGGAAAAGUUUCAAAACUAAGGCAUAUAUGAAAUUGCAUAUGAGACUUCACACGGGGGAGAAACCAUUUCAGUGCAAAGAAUGUGGAGAAAGUUUCACUUGUAAUGGAUACUUGAGAGCACAUAUGAAGUUCCACACUGGGGAGAAAUCAUAUCGGUGUAAGGACUGUGGGCAAGACUUCGACCAGAAGGAACAACUGGAAACACACAUGUGGACUCACCAAGGUCAGAAACCACAUGGUUGCAAACAGUGUCCGAAAAGCUUCAAGCGCAAGGAAGAACUGACCAGACACACCGCGGUUCACACAGGAGAGAGACCUUUCAAGUGCACUGUUUGUGGACAUUGCUUUGCCACCCCAGGCAACCUGACACAACACCUAACCACUCACUCUGGAGAGAAACCGUAUCACUGCAAACUGUGCAGCAGAUGCUUUAGAAACAAUCCACUACUUAAAAGUCACCUGAGGAAUCGUCACAAAUGUUAUGACAGUGCCAUAUUGUCAGAAGAUGACUUAAGUUCCUCCGUAUGAUGUGGGAGUGCCCUGUAGUUAAAUGCUUCUAGGACAAAUUUACAAAAUUGAUGUUGGCUCUUACAUUGAUGUCACCUCACUGUCUCCCAUUUAACCAGUAGAUACAGAUACUAUUAGGAGUUUUAACAUCAGAAUUAUCGACAGUGAGAAUGAAUGGUGCUGGUCAAGGAACAACAGACCUGGACAAAUAUACUUGACUCUGUAAAGAAUAAUCCCAGCUAAAGCCCAACACAGAUAGAUAGAUAGAUAGAUAGAUAGAUAGAUAGAUAGAUAGAUAGAUAGAUAGAUAGAUAGAUAGAUAGAUAGAAACAAACUAUAAUCCCCAAGACAUACAUACAAGCCCCGAUAGAUAACAUGAGGUGCGUUCAGUUCGCUUGAACGUUUGCUACAUUGUGAAACGGUUUGUACUGAAAAGACUGAGGUACAUUUGAUCCCGUUUUGUGAGUGUGGCUUGAAGCAAUGAGUGACAUAUUUAAAGGGCAUGCUGACAGUGUUCCCCAACACACAACCCAACCCCUCCCAGUUUUUCAACUGGUUGUUCAGUACAGCACCGUUUCCUUCCAAUUGAAUGUGAAAACGUACUGAACGCAGACCUGGUUUCAGUGUGGGUCAGGGGGCACGCUACAUUUACAUUUAAGUCAUUUAGCAGACGCUCUUAUCCAGAGCGACUUUUUAGGUUUCUUUUCCUGUACAUACUGAAUUGAUAUAUUGAAAUAUACUUUGUUGUUAUGUACCUUUUUUGUAGUUUUUUAUUUAAAAAAAAGUGUUGCAGCCAACAGGUAAAACAAGAAUAUGUGUGAAAUAAUGAAUAGAUAAUGAUUUAAAUAUUGUACCUGUAAUUCCCCCCAAAUGAAAAAAUGCCAACAAAAAUGGACCAGUUGUCUUUUGGUUUGUGAUGCUUUAGAACGUACAGUAGAAUCGAUAAAACAAUAUAGUGUCUGCUCUCUUUCUCUCCUCUGUCACGCUAUGUCUUCUUCCAGAGUUAUUACAUUUACAUUUGAGCAGAUGUAAAUGUUAUGAAUGCUGAUCUGCUUUUUACUAUUAAAUAAAGGCCUUCUUUAUAAAUC